AUGGGAAAUAUUGGCACAGUUGGCAUAAAGAGAAGCGAUAAUCAAGGUGCUCAUUCAGAUACUAAGGGAAAGAACAUCAGGCAAGCAAAAAGCCAAAUAAAAUUAUUAAGAAAAAGAACUGAUGAUAUCUUAUCGAUUGAGCUUGCACUAAAUGAAGUAAACCAAAAAGCCCAAAACUCUCUCAAAAUUCAAUUUUACGAGGACAAAAAUCCAAUUAUUGAAAAAUUAGAAAAACUUAAAGAAGAAGUAGACAAAGAAUUUAAAAAUACAAGUUCUUCCUAUCAAAUGAUCCAAAAUUAA